ACAACAAACAUGAUGGACUCCGGCGACGAGGACAUCUUCGCUAUUAGCGACGAGGAUUUUCCGUCGAUGCAAGUCGUGCAAUCGAAUCCUGUUGAGGAUCAUUUGCUGAAACAGCUCGCUGACGUUCAGAGCAGAAUCGACUUCGUGAAAAAUGAGAUAGCGGAAGUGGAAGUGACCGCAACGCGCGUUUUGAAGUCGCUUCAGUGGCGCGAACUUUAUGGAGAAGACGUCGAUUCGGAUUCUGAUGGUGAUAUGUACACCGCAGAAGGAACGCCCGUUAUAAAGAAAAAUAGCAAGACUGAUCCAAAGAUUCCGAAGACAAAUUUGGUGGUAGCUGCACAGUGGCAGUGUAUUCUUCAGGAUAAGUGGAUUAUUGGAGUAGAACUGCUGAACAAGUCGUGUUGCACGUUACUCAAUCUCAGAUAUUAUCCAUAUGUGCGAGAUGAAGCGGAGAUUUACGGCGAGUCCGUAUUUUGGAAGAAUAACAAAAACUUUCAUUGGGAAAGGACAAGCUUCAUUACGCCCGAAUGUUCAAUGGUGGCGAUUGUAGUGCUCGAUCUACCGAGAUUCGAUCGACAACCUGUCGUUGAGUGCUGGGGCAUGAUCGCGUACAAGAUCGAUGAAAUGUCGUACCAGCUCCCGGUCCCGUCUAUGCGGCUCACUAUCGCCGAGACCUUCGCCAAUUCGUGUAUGACGUUCCUGAACGGAAACGAGCGCGUUGUUCUGCUGGCUCUGAAGAGCACGUGCAACACCGAGAAGAUUAUCACGCUUCGCCUCAAAGAUAACGAGAAAAAAUACGACGCACACUACAGAAGAGAAGCGCUUUGCUACUUCCUGACUUCGAGAACCUUCGAGCAACUUUACUCCGAUGUUUUCUUGGUGCAGAAACACAAUUCUCUCAUGUAUUGUUUGGUCGAAGUGCAAUCGAUCGACGCCAGCGAAACAAGAAUCAAGAUCUGCGUCAGAUCCAUCAACCAGCUGAACAUAAUACUGCACUGUCUGCGAGACCAGUUUCCGAAGGAUGAUGUGAUCGUCGAAGAUGAGGUGGACGAUUGCGUUGAAGCUGCCAUGGCUCUGAUACAUGAGCUGGAAGUUAUUCGCGAUAAGAAGAGCGUUUUCGAGAUACAGGAAGCGAAAGUGAUAACGGACUUACUUAUUUCGUGCGUGUCCCGAGAGAUUCACGUCAUGUAACGCACGUGAAAUUGAGAUAAUCCGCGAGAAGAUACCACAAUUCGCCACAAAUGCCGUUGAUCGUCGUGUCAUUGUCGUGGAACAUCACCAUGUUCUUUUCCUGCAGCAAACUGACGAUGUUGUAUUUAGUAUUGGUCAACAGAGAGCCGA